AUGGUUCGCCCAAACUGUGAUAUUUGCUCACUGCCUCUUCUGCGUGAGCAACCGUCUGUUAGCUGCCAUAUUUGCAAAAAUCUUUUUCAUACCAACUGCAUCACAACCUCGCUUACUCAAGGAUAUGCCGAAGCUGAUCGUCAGUCACCAUGGACUUGUACCCCCUGCAAAACUACAUCUUCUUCCAAGGACUCCACUGACAAUAUAAUUCUCAUUCUUAAUGAAUUAAAAUCUAUUAAAUCCCAACAAACCAAGUCGGAUGAAGUCUUGGUCAAUAUUUCAUCUUCUAUAUCCGAUUUAAAUUCAAAGGUAUCACAACAGGGGAAGCAAUUAUCAUCCCUCGGCCAAGCUAUUAAUUCGCUCAAUAAACAGCUAAAUGUAGUGACGAAUGAUGUUAAGGCACAUGGCAAACGCUUUGAAGAUCUUGAAACCCGCAUCACUGCCACUGAAAAAACUUUGUCUGAAACCGUUGCACAGUCCUCUUCGGUUAAUUCUCCAAUGCCUCCAUCCAUUAAUGACGUAGUAAUGGAAAUUCAACAACGAACAAUAUGUGCUUCCAAUAUAAUUAUACGAGGUGCAUCGGAAUCUCUCAAGCCUCAGUUGCCCGACAAAAUUUCAGAUGACAAACAACUCGUAGCUAACAUUCUAGGAAAGCUUAAUCCAUCCGUCCCGAUUGCUUCAAUCGUCAAUGUAUUUAGAACUGGAAAAAAAAGUGAAAAUAAAUCACGAAUACUAAAGGUAGUGCUUUCUUCAUGUGGUGCUGUCGAUACCGUAGUAAAGUCUUACAAUCACCUUCGUGCCACAUCUCCAAAUCAGCUGCCGGAUAUCUCAAUUUCACGCGAUCGUACUUUUUCGGACCGACAAUCGAUUCGAGAGGUGUAUCAGGAGUUACGCACCAGACAAGCCAGUGAUCCUAGCAGUAACAUCACUGUUCGUUAUAUCAACGGAUUCCCAAGGAUUGUUCCAUUAACCAAUGUUAUUAACAACACACUCAAAAAGUAG